AUGAAGAUGAACAGUGGGAUUCUCUUCUUGUCCCUCUUUGGCUUUCUCCCACACGUGGUACCAACAUGCCCUGUGCCAUGCAAGUGUGCCAUGAACAUUAUCGACUGCUCAUCGAAAGGCCUAACUGUUACGGAACUGCCAGCUGCCUUCCGCCCAUCCGUUGAAGUUAUCCAUCUCGGUUACAACAUGCUCACGUCUAUUCCCAAAGGGCUCUUUGAUAACCUGAACAGCCUCCAAGCAGUGCACCUGCAAGGAAACCCUUGGGAAUGCAACUGUGACAUCCUCUACCUGCGCUCCUGGCUCCAGUGGCAGCAGAACCGGACCCUGUACAGGGAUGUGAAAUGUGCCUACCCAGCUCACCUGCAGGACCGGAUCAUCGCCUAUCUGACAGAAGACGAGAUCAUCUCCACAUGCCAGUACUGGUACUGCAGCCUGGCUCUCCUCUCUCAGCUCAUUCUCUUCAUCCUCAUUUUAUUGCAGGCUGUCUUGGUCAUCUUCAUCAUCAUCUACCUGCAGAGAUUUCGGAGAAUGACUGCUGAAGGCCGUAGCACCACCCCAGGCCUACACCAGCAUGUAGAUACCCAGGCAUCUUCCAGAAACCCCUACGACAGCGAUUAACAUCAUAGGAGCUUUCAGUCCUCUGCUUCUG